ACGCCGUAGCCCGUAACCCGAGAGCGAAAGCUACGAAGAAUGCGUAAAGUCUCGCGUUGAUUCCUCGCGUAGAAACCAACAACAAACAUGGCAGACGACCACACAGAUGCGGAUCAGAGCAUGGAGGGACACACUCCUGUUGCAGAAAAUCCCCAUGCGGAGUACGGGCUGACGGAAAACAUCCAGAGAAUAGUGGAGAGCGAGAAGGCCAACGCUGACAAAGUUCCCAAACAGAAGGUGGAUCUGCAGACGCUACAGACUCUCCCCACACGAGCGUAUCUGGAUCAGACGGUGGUGCCCAUCCUGCUCCAGGGCCUCUCGGUGCUCGCCAAGGAACGGCCUCCAAAUCCCAUCGAGUUUUUAGCGACAUUCCUCCUGAAGAACAAGUCGCAGUUCGAGGACCGGAGUUAAGACGGAUGAAGCCGCAGAUCGAAACGCAACCACGUCACUUCUUCAAACGUUUUUCCGACUGUUAAGUUUUAUUUUGUUUUCUUUUCUUUCUUCUUUCUCCACAAUUGAUUAAAAAUGUUACAGCAGAAAUACGACACCAA